UCGGUUACCGCCCCUCAAAAAACCAAGUUCCUGCUGUCUGAGGGAGACGUCGCACAACCCUCCCAAUUACGGGAUAUUGCACAAGCUGCAUGCCAAUCAUUCCAAACUUGUCCUGAAGCACAUAUUCCAAGAUUAUCAUCGGAAAUUCAAGAAGAAUGCCAAAAGCGAAGGGCGUCCCAGUUUCGGAAGAAUCAAGCUGAUGCGGUGAGAACAUUCACACGAGAGCUCGGAAGCCAAUGGCCGUGCGAGAGACCUAGAACGCCAGCCAGUGAAGCCACUACCAGAUACAUCAAAGUUUCGAAAGCUAUGACUGAGGUGUUGGAAAAAUUCAAGGUCUGGCACGACAAUCUCUGCUUUUACGAGUACCUGGAAAACACUACCGCGAUACUUGCACGA